UUAAAAGACAGACACUCUAACCUCCCCUCCCUCCCUUUCUCUCAAUCUCAAUUAUUUCCUUCCAGACACAGCACAGCACAAACCAGAAGAGAAGGGGGUUCGGCUCCAUCCGCGAAAAGCUGCUCCUCCGGAGGCUGAGUUGGCCCCUGCGCUUUCCGUUAUUCGCAUUUCACCCCUCGGAGUUUUACACUUGGGUACCCAUGCUCCGUAAAAACUAAUCACAAUCCAGUCCACUCCCUUCCCUCGGUCGCCGGCCAUGCCCACUCCGGUGCCCGCCGCCCGCCAGUGCCUCUCGCCGCCCGCCGUCACCGCCCUCGACGCCGCCGUCCUCUCCGCCCGCCGCCGCGCCCAUGCCCAGACCACCUCCCUCCACCUCAUCUCCGCCCUCCUCGCCCCCACCGCCCCGACUCUCCUCCGCGACGCCCUCGCCCGCGCCCGCAGCGCCGCCUACUCCCCCCGCGUCCAGCUCAAGGCCCUCGACCUCUGCUUCGCCGUCUCCCUCGACAGGCUCCCCUCCUCCUCCUCCUCCUCCUCCUCCUCCUCCUCCUCCUCCUCACCCGACGACCCUCCCGUCUCCAACUCCCUCAUGGCCGCCAUCAAGCGUUCCCAGGCCAACCAGCGCCGCAACCCGGACACCUUCCACUUCUACCACCAGGCCCAGACCCCCGCCACCGUCAAGGUCGACCUCUCCCACCUCGUCCUCGCCAUCCUCGACGAUCCCGUCGUCAGCCGCGUCUUCUCCGAGGCCGGAUUCCGCAGCGGGGACAUCAAGCUCGCCAUCCUCCGCCCGGCCCCGCCCAUGCCGCUGCUCGGCCGCCUCCCCACGCGCGCCCGCCCGCCGCCUCUCUUCCUCUGCAGCUUCGCCGCGGCGGACGACGCCGACGUGCCCUCGCCGGCCAGUAACCUCGCCGGCGCGGGGGAGGAGAACUGCCGACGCAUCGCCGAGAUCCUCUCCCGCGGCCGCAACCCCAUGCUCGUCGGCGUGGGAGCUGCCUCCGCCGCCGAUGACUUCGCCACCGCCUCCCCGUAUCGUAUCAUCCAUGUAGAGCCCAACACAAUCGACAAGUCAGACAUCGGCGUGGCGGCGGCAAUGGCCAGCGCCACCACAGGACUCAUCAUAAGCAUCGGAGACCUCAAGCAGCUGGUCCCCGACGAGGGUGAGGCGGAGCUGCAGGAGAAGGGGCGGCGGGUGGUGGCGGAGGUGACGCGAGUGCUGGAGACGCACACCAAGGUGGGACGCGUCUGGGUGAUUGGGUGGUCGGCAACGUAUGAGACCUACCUCGCCUUCCUCUCCAAAUUCCCCCUGGUCGACAAGGACUGGGACCUCCAGCUGCUGCCCAUCACGGCGCUGCAGGCCGCCGCCGGCCCUGCUGCAGCUACUGGAGUCAUGCCUCCGGCAACCACCACUGUCGCUGCUGCCUUCUCCAAACCUGCACCAAGACUGAUGGAAUCCUUUGUUCCUUUUGGAGGCUUUGUCUGUGAUAAGUAUGAAACAAGCAGCAUCACAGCAAAUUCAUGCCCGCAAUCGCUGUGCUGUCAACAGUGCAAUGAUAAAUAUGAGCAAGAAGUUGCAACUAUCAUUAGAGCAAGUGGCAUUACAGCUGAAGACCAUCCCCAGGGAGUUCUCCCCUCCCUGCUGCAGAAUGGAAGCAUGAUGGGUUCUAACAAUGGAUUUGAUCCAGUCAAGGUUAGAGAUGAUCGGAUGGUACUGAAUUCAAAAAUAUUGAAUCUACGGAAGAAGUGGAACGAGUACUGCAUGCGGCUCCACCAAGACCACCAGAGGAUCAACAGAGAUCCUUACAAACCAUUUCCACGUUAUAUUGGUGUUACCUCUGACAAGGAAAGAUCAGAAAAUCCAAGCAAAGGUUCUGAGGCAUUUGGGAUUCAAAAGGAUGUUGUUAAACCUUGUGCAGUGCCUGCUGUGCAUACAAGCUCAACUGCAAGGCCUAUUUCAUCUCCAUCUGUCUCCAAUAAAAGAAAUGAAGAUCUUGUAUUGAAUCUUCAAGCCCGGCAGUCAAAGAGUGACGAAAACCUUCAAGACAGCACUGCGCGACAUGGCAGUCUGUCAACUCCUGACAAUCCAGAUGAUGAUGCCUCACCGUCAUUUGCUGCACCUGUGGCAACUGACUUAGUUUUAGGCAUGCCUCGAGAGUCUAAUUCAAAGGGUUCAGGUUCCACCUUCUGUAAACAUAUAGAGGAUUCCCAUCUGGUGCCCAAAAAGGUGGAUGAUUUAAAUCUGAAGCAUCCACAGCUCUCUGUUCAACCUAACUCUUGCGCCUGGACUUCCAGAAAUGUUGGGAAAACAUCACCUGGUGCAUUAUACUCAGUAGCUUCAGGAGGCUUAUCUGCUUUUGGGCAAUGGCAGAAACCUUCACCCCUUGCUGCACAAUGUUCUGAUCUGAGCAAUUACAAGCUACUUGUCGAACGCCUGUUCAAGGAAGUUGGAAGGCAGGAGGAAGCCUUGAGUGCUAUUUGUCAAUCCAUUGUGCGGUGCCGGUUAACAGAGUCACGCCGUGGUCCUAGCAGGAAGGACAUCUGGUUGUGUUUUCAUGGUUCUGAUAGCAUGGCCAAGAAGAGAGCUGCUAUGGCACUUGCAGAAACAAUGCAUGGCAGCAAAGAGAACUUGAUUUAUCUGGACCUAAACCUUCAGGAUUGGGGUGACUCCGGCUUCAGAGGGAAGACCGGGACAGACUGCAUUGUGGAGCAGCUGAGCAAGAAGCGGCGAUCUGUUCUCUUCCUUGACAAUAUCGAUAGAGCUGACAUCCUUGUUCAGGAUAGUCUGUCUGAUGCCAUUGAGUCUGGCAAAUUUAAAGACAUGCGAGGCAAGGUGGUUGACAUUAAUGACUCGAUUGUGGUGUUGUCAAGAAGCAUGAUUCAGGGCAGCAAACAUGGGGUUGAAGAGGGCCUUUCAUUUUCUGAAGAAAAGAUUCUGACAGCUUGUGGACAUGGACUGAAGAUCCUGGUAGAACCAGGUAGGGCAAUCACCAGUGGAGGCCUUAAUGGUAAGGUGGUGGUUUCCCCAAGGCAUUCUCUCACCAAAAUUCAAGCAUCUUUGUACUCUGGUUCAAUCAGCAAGAGAAAGCUCAGCAGUUCUGAUGACCAGGAAAAGGUGCAAGAAUCACCGAGCAGUUCAAAGCGGCUGCACAGAACAUCGUGUGUACCGUUCGACUUGAACCUCCCUGUUGAUGAGGAUGAACCCCACGAUGCCAAUGAUGACAGCAGUAGCAACGAAAAUUCAUAUGGCAACACAGAAAAAUCCAUUGAUGCCCUUUUGCAUUGGGUUGAUGGAUCAAUCAAUUUUAAACCGUUUGACUUUGACAAACUUGCUGAUGACAUGUUGCAGGAGUUUAGCAACAUACUCGGCAAAAAUUUGGGUCCUGAGUGCAGGCUGGAGAUUGAUGUUGGAGCAAUGGAGCAGAUAAUUGCCGCAGCAUGGAAAUCAGAGGACAAGAGCCCUGUGCAGAUCUGGCUGGGGCAGGUUUUCACCAGGAGCCUUGACGAGUUGAAGCUCAAGUGUAAGCAUGUGAGUAGCUCUACCCUUAGACUAGUGGCUUGUGAUGACACAGUACCGGGGAAAGGAGACGGUUUAGGAGUUUUGCUCCCGUCAAGAAUAAUUCUAGAUUGUUGAUGAUAUAUCUGUAUAGUGAUCGCUGUAAUUAUCUGUAGUCCACAAUAGUAUAGCAUUAUUUGUUGGCUAAAUAAGCUCUAGUCUAGGUUAUGUGUUGCCGUGGGUUCUAAUUAGCCAUUGCCAGUACUGUCAUAUUGUUUUAUCUCCCCCAGGGCCUUUUCCAGAUAUAUCGGCACCGGAAUGUAUAUUGGUUGUAACUACUGUGGAUUGUUAAUAUUUGAUUGCUCUACUCUAUAUAUACAUGGACACAUCAUGGUGCUAGGUGAACUUGUGGUUCAUUCUG